CACACACACACACACACACACACACACACACACCCCUCCAGCGGUGCUUUAUAAGAGCUCAUCUCAUGUUCAUCUCACUCCAGUCUCCCUGAGCUCUCCUGAAGGUCUCCAUCUGUCCCUGAAUCUACAGCAGAACAUGGCACCAGUCGGAUCCAAGAGGGGUAUUCUGGAGCGCCUGGGCGCGGGUGAGGUGGUGAUUGGAGACGGAGGGUUCGUGUUCGCGCUGGAGAAGAGAGGAUACGUGAAGGCCGGACCCUGGACGCCAGAGGCCGCUGCUGAGCACCCGGAGGCCGUGCGACAGCUGCACAGGGAGUUCCUGCGGGCCGGGUCAAAUGUCAUGCAGACCUUCACUUUCUACGCCAGUGAUGACAAACUGGAGAACAGAGGGAACAAGCUGACUUUCACUGGGCAGCAGAUCAACGAGGCGGCGUGUGACCUGGCCAGAGAAGUAGCCAAUGAGGGCGAUGCACUGGUGGCGGGCGGAGUCUCGCAGACGCCCUCGUACCUCAGCUGCAAGAGCGAAGACGAGGUCAAGAAGAUCUUCAAGAAACAGCUGGACGUUUUCAUCAAGAAGAACGUAGACUUUCUGAUCGCCGAGUACUUCGAGCACGUGGAGGAGGCUGAAUGGGCCGUCCAGUCUCUGAAGGCGACAGGAAAGCCUGUAGCAGCGACUCUGUGUAUUGGACCUGAGGGAGACAUGCACGGAGUGACACCUGGAGAGUGUGCCGUCAGACUGGUCCGAGCAGGUGCUGAUAUCGUCGGUGUGAACUGUCACUUCGACCCCAUGACCUGUGUGAAGACCGUGUCCAUGAUGAAGGCGGCCGUGGAGAAAGCCGGUCUGAAAGCGCAUUACAUGACGCAGCCGCUGGCGUAUCACACACCCGACUGCAGCUGCCAGGGCUUCAUCGACCUGCCCGAGUUCCCCUUCGCUCUGGAGCCGCGGAUCCUGACCCGCUGGGAGAUGCAGCAGUACGCCAGGGAGGCCUAUAAGGCCGGCAUCCGUUAUAUCGGCGGCUGCUGCGGCUACGAGCCGUAUCACAUCCGCGCCGUGGCCGAGGAGCUCUCCGUCGAGAGAGGAUUCCUGCCCGAGGCGUCUCAGAAACACGGCAUGUGGGGCAGCGGACUGGAAAUGCACACCAAACCCUGGGUCAGAGCCAGGGCCCGUCGUGAUUACUGGGAGAAGCUGAAGCCCGCGUCCGGACGCCCGCUGUGCCCGUCCAUGUCCACUCCCGACGGCUGGGGGGUCACCAAAGGUCACGCCGAGCUCAUGCAGCAGAGGGAGGCCACGACUAAAGAGCAGCUGCGCCCGCUGUUCGAGAAAGCCGACGCCAAAUACUGAGAGGGUCAGAGGUCGAGCUGCAGCUGCGUUUAGAAGCCGACAGAAGAUACGGCAGACGAUCUGUCCAGCUCUUCUCUUCCUCAGUGUAACAUUUACGAACCAAACGCGAUAUCAUGAAUAGGAUUGUUUACUUCAGCAGGACCAGACGUUCUGUAGAAACCAAAUAAACUGAAAUGUUUAAAAGUUUAAUUGUGCCUGUGGAGGUGUAAUCGACAUGCUUUAUUUGACUGAUGACUGCAUUCCAGAUGUUCAGAACACUCCAGUCUGACACAGUGUUUCCAUUUCUGAUGCUCAAUAAACAUUCAUCAUGAUCUCA